CCUGCACAUUUUGAACUGCGUAGCGAAGCGGCGUCUUUUCUCUUUGUGCAGACGAAUCGCAACAUGGAAGAAAUUGUGAGUCUCGACCCGGAGCCGAAAGAGAUAGAAGACCCCAUCGAGUCCCUGAAUCCAGAACUUGACGAGACCUCUCAAGAAACACCGAACGGAGUGAAAACAGAUGCUGAGGAAAACGCCUCAAAAGAAAAUCACGAUGGCAAGGAUAAGUCCAUUCUGAACAGAAGAACAAACCGUUUCCAUCCCUACAAGGACAAACAUGGUGGUGAAAAGAAGGUUGCCCAAAGGAACCGGGUGUUCAUCAGCAACAUCCCGUACGAUAUGAAGUGGCAGGCCAUUAAAGACCUGAUGCGUGAGAAAGUUGGUGAGGUUACAUACGUGGAGCUCUUUAAGGAUGCAGAAGGAAAGUCAAGGGGUUGUGGUGUGGUGGAGUUCAAAGAUGAGGAGUUUGUGAAGAAAGCUGUGUUAACUAUGAAUAAGCACGAUCUGAGUGGAAGGCCACUUAACAUCAAGGAGGACCCUGAUGGUGAACAUGCUCGCCGUGUGCUGCAGCGCAUGGGAGGUCAGCAGGGGGGCCGUGGGCAGGACAUGGGCCCCGGCGCCAUGAACAUCCCCCCCUCCAUCGCCAACAACCCAAACAUCCCCCCUGAAGUGAUCCACGGGCUGCAGGCCGGGCGGCUGGGAAACACCGUGUUUGUGGCUAACUUGGAUUUCAAGGUUGGCUGGAAGAAGCUGAAGGAGGUGUUCAGCAUGGCUGGAGUGGUGAAACGGGCCGACGUUAAAGAGGACAAAGAUGGAAAGAGCCGUGGAAUGGGAACAGUGACUUUUGAGCAGCCGCUGGAAGCUGUCCAGGCCAUAUCCAUGUUCAAUGGUCAGAUGCUGUUUGACAGACAAAUGCAUGUUAAAAUGGAUGAGAAGUCUCUCCCACCUGAUGAUUUCCGUCAAAUCGAAAAAACUCCUCAGUUACCACGUGGUCUGGGCGGUAUUGGCAUGGGUCUGGGACCUGGCGGCCAGCCUAUAAAUGCGAACCGUCUGAGCGGUGGAGGCGGCGGUGGCGGCAGCAUGGGCUCCAUGGGACCCGGAGGAAUGGAUGUUUCAAGUUUCGGUGGCAUGAACAGAGUCGGAGGAGGGAUGAGUGGUGGCGGGAGCUUUGGAGGAAUGGAGAGCAUGGGCAACAUGGGAGGCUUUGGGAGAGACAUGGCCCCAGUUAGCAGAAUGGGAGAUAUGUUUCGGUCAGGAAUGGGAGGAAUGGACCGUGACUUUGGCCACAGUGACCUUGGGAUGAAUCGGGGAUUUGGGGACUCUUUCAGAGGAAUGGCCAUUGCAGCCCUGGAUGUCAUCAUGAAAUGUGGAGGUUUUGGAGGCGGCAUGAGCAGCACUGGCAUGGGGCACCUGGCGACGGGAUUAGGUGGAGGGAUGGGCAAUAUGUCCAUGGACCGAAUGGGCUCCAACUUUGACCGUUUGGGGAUGUCGGGGAUGGACAUGAACCGCGGCUUUGGGGGGUUUGGAGGUGGCGGAGCGAGCCACAUGGGAGGAGGGAUGUCUGACAGAAGCGCCGCAUCCAAAGGUGGCUGCGUGAUAUUCGUGCGAAAUCUGUCCUAUGAUCUGACCUGGCAAAAGCUGAAGGAGAAGUUCAGCCAUUGUGGUCAGGUGAUGUACGCAGAAAUCAAGAUGGAGAACGGGAGGUCAAAGGGAUGCGGCACGGUGAGGUUCGACUCCGCCGAGAGCGCCGAGAAAGCCUGCAGGAUGAUGAACGGAACCAAAAUCAACGGCCGGGAGGUGGACGUCCGCAUCGAUCGCAACGCUUAAGAGCUUUUUUUUUUUUUUUUUUUUUGUAGAAGUUAAGCUAACACACUUACACAUUCAGCCCCCUUACAAAUUAUCUUUUUGUUUUGUUUUAAAAACACACAUUCUUCAUAUCUUCAUGUGCCCUUGGUUGACCCUUUUCGUUUUUUUGUUGAUACAUGAACUAUGUAGCUGUUUUAUCUUUGUUUUGUAAACCCUUUAUAAUUUGUCGGGCAGUGUAUUUGAAUAAACUUUUUAAUUUUUAAA